CCUCUUUUUAACAGCACAUGUUUUUCCCAAUUUAACCCUAGCCGACGGAGCCCUCUCUCGAUCCCUAUCUCCGGCGGUCCCUUCUCUCCCGUUCCCACCGCCGCCCCAGGGUUUUCGGCCGUCAAUUGAUUUCACGAUUACGGUCAAGGAUCAGAGAUUGAGGGCUGAGCAUUUGAGUGCGUCGGCGAGAUUCAGAUUCUUAGGGUUUUGAUUUCGUCUAGGUCAAGAUUUUGUUCGAUUUUGAAUUCGGUGGAUUUGGAUUGGGACUAGGCAGGGUUGAUUUGAGUAGUGAUGACGAGGAGUUCGAGGCACAAAUCGAGUAAGCACAGGGAUGUGAGGGAGCAUUCGGAUUCGGAGAAGGAUUUGAGCUCGAAAGAUCGGAAGGAGAGCGGCGGCGCCGGCGGAGGAGGUAGGGUUUCGAAGGAGAGUGAGAAGAGGAAGCUGGAUUCGAAGGAGGGGAAGGAGUCUGGGAAUGGUGGAGAGUAUACGACGGAGGAUUUAGUGUCGUCGAAGCGGCGGAAGGAGCGAGGGGUGGUGGAUGAUGGAGGGAGUGACAGGUGGAACGGUGGCGGUGGCGGUGGCGGGGAGUAUGAUCGCAGGGAGGGGUCGAAGAAGUCCUCGGCGAAAGGCGCAGGGGAUUCGAAGAGUAGGAGGAGGGAUGGGAGUGUGGAAAUGUACGGGGAGGGUGCUGUGGAGGUGAAGAAGAGCGGCGGCGGCGGCGGCGGCGGGAAGGGUGAGGGGAAGCAUAGGGAGAGGGAUACGGAUUCGAGUCGGAAGGAGGGGAGAGAAGCCGGCGGUGGCGGUGGCGGUGGAGUAGAGAGGGAGAAGGAUAGGGAAAGGGAGAGGGAGAAGAAAAGUAAAGAAGGGAGGAGUGGCGGCGAGGAUCAACGGCUGGUGGCAAAGCAAGGCAAUGCAAAUACUGAUUUAAAUGGACGGAAGGAGUUGGAAAGUCCUGAACCAGAGAGCCAGAUUGAGAGAAGAAUAAGGAAAAGGAAAGAUGAUUCUGGUGAUAUUGAUAAGCAUUUAGAUUAUGUGGAAGACAUCAACGGUGGGCGAUUAUUGUCUAGGGAUGAUUUAGGCAGGGAAGGCAGGUUGAAAGAUGAGAAGCGAAAGGAUGAGAGGUACAAAGAGAAGUUUCGUGAAGACAUGGAUAGGGACAGUAAGCGAGAUGAAAAGCAAAGAGAUGAGAAGCAAAGGGAAGAACGCUCUACAAAAGAUCAUCCUGGUACCAAGUCUGAGGAUAAGCAUUUAAGGGAUGAAAAAGAUAUAAGUGAUAUGCAACAGAAGAGAUCCAAACUUCAGGAUGGUGAGCGCAAAGGAGAGCAUGAACGUGAUCGCAACCGGGACCGUGAGUCAUAUCAUGUUCGUGAGCGUGAGCGGUACCGUGACUGUGAACGUGAACAUGGGUGGGAUCAUGGCCGCGACCGUGAUCGCGAUUAUGAUCGGGAUUGGGACUGGGAUCGUGAGAGAGAUGGAGAUCGUGACCGAGAGAGGAAUCAUGACCGUGAGCGUGCUCGAGACCGUGAUAGAGAUGGUGAUCGAGAUCGUGAUCGUGAUUAUGACCGGGACUAUGACGGGUCACAUCUUGAUGAUCGCAGCUUGAGAUAUAAAGAUAGUAGCAGAGGAAAGAGAAGAUCUCCAGAUGAUCGUGAUGAUUCUACUGAUACUAAAUCCAGAGGUGUCAAACCUAGGUAUUCAGACUUUGAAAAGAAGUCCUCAAGUGGUGAUAGGGUUGAGUCAGAUGUUAAUAAGGGAAGAUCUCAGUCACGGCAAGCUUACGCAGACACUAAUUUAAGCAGCAAUAAACGAAGGACUUCUCCCAGUUCAAAUUUAAACGCUGGCGUAGAUGAGUACAGGUAUGCUAAUCCAGAUGAUAUGAAAUAUAGGGAUUCUAUGGCAGAUCAGAGGUCCAAAGCACUUCCUCCCAGAGAUGUAUCUGGAGUUUCCGAAAGAGGUUCUAUGUACAGGUCAAUGGAGAAAUCCAGUAAAAUGGAUGAUACCCAUUUAGGGGAGCUUUCAAAUGAAAAACCUUCAGGUUCUAAGGCUUCACCAAUGGCAUUGAUGGAAAGAUCUCCUUCAUCAUCAAGUAUUGACCGUAGAUAUAUGAACAAAACUGCAGGCAGACGAAGUAUGGACAUUGAAGAAACAGGUCGGAGAACCAGUGCUUCUAUGGAUAAUAGAGAUUUCUCUAAUACUGAGGAUAGACAGAAUCGAGACUUACCAUUGGAUAAGCCUUUUAUGGAUGAUAUGUCUGCUGCUGAUCCAUCUACUCAUAAUAGGAGUGGUCAGAGUAGUUUUUCUUCUUCGUUUGCUCCACAUUCUAACUUCAGGGCUGGAGUUGAAAGCCCUUCCUUUGCUGGUUCAGUAGAAGAUGACAGUAGAGUAAACUCCAGUGCACGUUACAAUCGUAGGAGUAGUGAUCCCAAUUUGGUUCGAGGGCCUUGGAGAGGUGUCCCAAACUGGCCUUCACCAGUUCCAAAUGGUUUCAUGCCUUUCCCACACGGGGGACCUCAUGGUGGUUUUCAAGGGAUGCUGCCACAGUUUUCAGCUCCACCAAUGUUCGGUGUUAGGCCUUCGAUGGAGAUUAAUCCUUAUGCAAUUCCUUAUCCAAUUGCGGAUGAUAGGUUUUCCGGUCACUUGCGCCCACUAGGGUCUCAGAACAUUAUGGAAGGCUUGGGCCCUUCUCACAUGCAUCCAUGGGAUGGGAGUACUGGCGCCUUUCGAGAUGAUUCUAACAGUUAUGGGGCAGAUUGGGAUCAGAACAGGCAUCAAAUGAGUGCGAGAGGAUGGGACCCCAAUGCUGAGCAAUGGAAAGCACAAAACAAUGAUGUAAAAAGGGAAUUGCCCUCCCCAUCUCCCAGAAAUGAUUAUCAGACCCUUGUGGAUGAUGGUGUAGCAGGACAGGUGGGUCAGAUGUCUAAUCAAGAAGAUGACCUGGAUCUUGGAGUUCAUACUAAAACAGUUGAGACAAGGUCCAGUGUAGCUUCUCCUCAGAAAGAGUCGCCUACAACUCAUGAGAAGUCACUGGAUGGCUCUAAAUUGGCCAUUGAUAAAGUCCCUUCGUUAAGUCAAUACUAUCUCUCCAAGCUUGACAUUUCAUCUGAACUUGCUCAUUCUGAGUUGUUCAGCCAGUGUAUGAGCCUACUGGAUACUGAGGGGAGUGCUACUGUUGAAGAAGAUCCUACCAUGCAUACGAUUCUAAAGGCUGCAACAGCAGGAUUGAAAUCAUCCAAAACAUUAUUGAGCUCCUCACUUUUUCCACCUUUAAAGGAUUCUGUUUUUCUGAAAGCUAUGGAUCUUUACAAAAAGCAGAGGAUGGAAGCAAAAGGCGUGUCAUAUGUUACUGGAGGGAGAUUGGAUAUUAUAUUAGCAUCAAGUCAGAAGAACAUGGAAGCAAAAGAAGUUUGUGAAGUGGACAAAGUGGAUCAGUUAAUGUUGAAGUCUAAUGCAGAAAUGGAAGAUGCUCCAGUGUCAAGUGUAGAUGAGAAGAAUACUCUUGCCACUGUACCAACAGAUGGCAUUGAGGAGAAUCUGAAGGAGCUGGUAUCAACUCCUGGUCACGAGAUGCAAAAUCACAUUUCUCUCGGUUCUCCCAAGUUGGAAAUGGCAGUUGAAGAUUCUAAUCAAGUUGAACCAGAUGAGCCUCAAACAAUUCCUGAUGGGGUGGAAAUGGAUUCAAUAUCUUCAGAGCAGGGGAAACUACAGGUCUAUAAUGCAGAUGGUAUGUCAUCACUCGAUAAUGAAGCAUCUCUUCCUACCACCACCACUGCACCGGCCAUUGGCGAUAGCAUGAGCAAGGUCGGAGAUGACAAUUCUAUUCAUCAUGCCGAGGAAGGUGUGGCUGUUGAUGCAAUAAGGGGUCCAUCAGUAGUAAUACCAGAUGGUUCCCAAAAGGCUUGUGAGGCUUUGAUGUCUGAUUCGGUAAUUUUAAGUCGGAUACAUCAUUCUCCUGAAAGUACACAUUGAGACAAUUUCUAUAUCCAUGUUUUUGUUUUCCUUCUAUUGCAUUUAAGUUAAUUUUGCUCAUUCUAUUACCUGUGCUCGUUUCAUCAAGAAAUAAAAUGAAAAUCUGGUUUUCAGCCCCUUAAAGCAAUGGU